UCCAGGCUUAUACUUCGGGACCCACGACGCAAAGCAGUUUGCAUCAAGCCCAGAAGGGAUCCGCAGCCUUGGGGCAUGGGUGGCCGAAAAUUGAGUGUGCUGGACCCGGUGGUGAUGGCUCGGAGGAGGGUUUCUCAAGCCAAGAGGGCAGAGAAGAAAAGAAAGGAGGAGGCAGACAAGCAGCGUGAACAAGCCAGAUUCCUGCCACCAAUUCAUGAGAGGUCUGAGGAGGAGCUGAAGAAACCAACACCUUCAGCUUAUCAACGGUCAUCCAUAAUCCCGGCUUGUUAUAAGGACACUCCACCAAUGAAAUAUUUCUGCCAAAUACUCAAGUGCACACGAGUUCCUACCCACAUCGUGAGAAAGGAGUAUGAUCAGAUGCUGAAGCGGAGAAUAAAGGACAAGUUGAAAGGCCAAAUGCCUACGAGCCUGAAGGCACCAAAGGGGUGGCAGCAAGUGCCACAGCAACCGAGGACAGCACAGAAAAAAUUCCUGCCACCAAUUUAUGAGGAAUCUGAGGAGGAGCUGAAGAAGCCAACACCUCCAGCUCAUGCAAAGCCUAGGACACCUGAGCACGGGGCUUUUGCUCAGGACACUUCAACACCGGGAGCGCGCUCUGUACGCGCUAAGAUAGAAGAAAGAAGGCUCCGCAUACUGAAGGCCCAUAAGAUGAAAAAUCUUGAGGCUGAAACAUGGAACCAAUAUGAUUCCACGCUUCAAAAGCUGAUGAUGGAGCACAAGCAGAAAAACUUUCACCAGCCGAUGGAGCAUGACCAACGUCCUUCAUUCCAACUGAGAAUGGAGUACAAUGAGAAGCUGAAGGAGAGGAUGAAUCAGAAUGACAAAGGCCAGAGCGGUGCGAGCCUGAAGGCACCAGAGGGGAGGCAGGAAGAGCCACAGCCCCUGAGGAGAGCACAGUCAGAAUUCCUGCCACCAAUUUAUGGGAGGUCUGAGGAGGAGCUGAAGAAACCAACCCCUCCUGCUCAUCCAAAGCCUAAGACCCCUGAGUGCCAGGAUAAUCCUCAGGACCCUCCAACAUCGAGGUGGCGCUCUGUGCGUGCUCAGAUGGAAGAAAGACGGUACAGAAUACUCAUGGCCCACAAGCGCACAGAGCUUGAAGAUGAAAUCGGUGGGGAAUAUGAUGCAAUCCUACGGAGUAGGAGCAGAGAGCGAAAACAGAACCCUGUCUACCACCUCCUGGAGGGUGACCAACGUCCUUCGAGCAUUGUAAGAAGGGAGUAUGACAAGAAGCUGAAGGACAGGAUGAAAGAGAAUGUCAAAGGCCAAAGCCCUGCAAGUAAGAAGGCACCAGAUGCCUCGAAGGAAGAGACAAAGCCAACGAAGGCAACACAGACAGAAUUCCUGCCACCAAUUCCUGGGAGGUCUGAGGAGGAGCUGAAGAAGCCAAAACCUCCAGCUUACCCACAGACUAAACCCCGUGAGCACCUGUCUUUUGCUGCUCAGAAAACAGCAACAUCGGGAGUGCACUAUAUGCGUGUUCUAACAGAGGAAAAACGGGAACAAGCGCUGAUGGCCCACAGGCUCAAAACACGACAAGCUGAAGCGUGGAAAGAAUAUGAUUCCAAGACGCAGAAGCUGCUCUUUGAACGAAGAAAGAACCCCAUCAACUCCUUGCAGAUGUGUGACCGACGUCCUUCCUUCCACAUGAGAAAAGAAUACGAUGAGAAGCUGAAGGAGAGGAUGAUGCCUGUCAGUGGCCGAAUAAAGAGUGCUGGUGCGGGCUGCCAGCUGGACUGA